UUUGUUGAUUACAAUUGGCCUACACAAAUUCUCUGCUCGAUUCUUUUUUCCUAAGGCGGCAUUGUUUGCAUAUAUAAUGCUUAUUGUAUUAUUGUUCACACGUUCCUGGAUGAGGAGUGGCCAAUGGAGAAAUGAAAAAUUACUUUUCCAAUCAGGAUUAGAUGUAUGUCCUUUGAAUGCAAAAGUACAUUAUAAUAUCGCAAAAAAUGCUGCAGAUGCAGGAGACCUUAAUCUUGCCAAACUGGAAUAUCAAGAAGCCUUACAAUUAAACCCAAAUUAUACUCAAGCUAUGAACAAUCUUGGUAAUUUACUAAGAGACGAUGGACAACUUUUAAAAGCCAUAAGUUUAUUUAAACAAGCUAUCAGUUUGCAGAAAGAUUUUGCAACAGCGUGGAUGAAUCUAGGAAUAGUUCAAUCAUCAUUGAAGCAAUACAAGAAAUCAGAAACCAGUUAUUUUACAGCUCUACAGCACCGAUCAAAUUAUCCAGAUUGUUACUAUAAUCUAGGCAUAUUAUAUCUGGAACAAAUACAAUAUGAUAAGGCACUGAAAGCUUGGAUAAAUGCAACCAAACAAAAACCUACACAUAGACGAGCAUGGACGAAUAUAAUAUUACUAUUAGAUGAUUUAGGUAAGACAGAAGAAGCGUUAAGAAUGGCAAAUAAAGCUUUGCAAUUUAUCUCAGAUCAUGCUGCCAUCUAUUUCAACAUUGCCAACAUUUUAGGGAAAAAAGGAAAAUAUGAAGAAGCAGAAAUCCAGUUUAAAUUGGCAAUAUCGAAAAAUCCUAUAGAUCCUAUGAUUUAUGCAAAUUUAGGUGUUUUAUAUCAUCGUUGGAAUAAAUUAAAUGCAGCAAAACAAAUGUAUAAGAAAGCAUUACAGUUAAAGCCAGAUUUAUCUAGUGCCAAAGAAAAUUUGCAGAGAUUGUACACAUUAGAGACAUCAAUAAAAUAAUUUUUUAUGAAA